CGUCGCGCACACGAGGACAUCAGCAUCGAUAACUACGUGAUUCCCAAAGGAACGAUCGUGCUGCCAAAUCUGUGGGCAGUGCACAUGAAUCCUAAGCUAUGGAAAGAUCCGGAAGCCUUCGACCCCUCGAGAUUCCUGACGGCUGACGGCUCGGGUCUGAUUGCUAAGCCUGAGCACUUGGUGCCCUUUUCUGUCGGCAAACGAAUGUGCCCAGCUGAGGCGGCCUCCAAUAUUCAGAUCUUCCUGUACCUCACAGGGGUCCUGCAGAAGUUUAUCGUUAUGCCUGAAGAUGGUGUUGCAGUCGACUUGUCUGUGGACUGUGUCGUCUUCAACAUCCCGAAGACGCAGAAUUUGCGCUUCAUUCCGCGUUCAUAG